AUGAGCACAGCCUCUAAUGUUGAUGAUCGUCCUGUAGGAGGUGGAUCAGCUGGCUCCACUCAACAACCUCAGCCUCAACAACAAGCACAACCUCAACAACAACAGCCUCAACAACAAGGCAGACAACAACAGCAGCAUAAAGCCAAACAAUAUACGCCAAGGAAGUCAUCAAACAAUCAAGGCAACACUAACAAGUAUUCAAAGAAGACAUCUAGUUCUCCUGCGGCAUCAACAUCGGCAUCUCCGUCAACGUCAACCACUCCACAGCCCCAGCAAGCGCAACAGCAACAGCAACAACAUACACCAGACUCAAGUGCAACUACCUCGACCUCGACAUCAACAUCAUCAGACAGCAGUAACACGAAUGACUCUAUUGGAUCGACUCGAUCAACAGUGGGCAGACCAUGCGUCGUUGGUGUGAUCGGAGAUUCAAGUCGAGGAAAGUUCUUCUUCCUCAACAAAAUGGUCAAUGACUCUGUGUUCCACUCACUCAAUCUACAUGUCGAGUCUGGCAACGUUGCACCAGACGACACCAUCAAGUUAGAGAUAUACAACGAUGUCGACAAAGACAAUGUCUACAUCAAUCUAAACUCGAUCAGAGACACAAAGACACUAGUCAACGCAUGGCACUCUCUCGAGAUCAAUCAAUCAAGUGACAUUGAGAAGUGGUUGGAAGAUGAGGACUUUGUGUACAUGAAGUACAUGUUGUACAUGUUCCAGGUCUGCAACAUCAUAUUCUUGGUCUUUGAGAACUUGACGAUCAAGAUGGAGUACUUCACAAUGUUCAGAUUGCUCAGACAAUUGAAACAGAGCUCUGCAUCAGCCAUCAAUAACAUUGUGGCGAAGCAGAAUAUACCAGCUGAUGUACAGCCAUUCUUGACACCUGGCAAGUGCGUGCCAAUCCUUCAAGUGUUCCUAAUCAAAGACCUCUCCGACAACUAUACACGAGAGUUCCAUCUCAAGCUCGAGGAGAGUCUCAAGAAGCAACUACUGCUCAUCAUGAAGAACAAUGAUCUGUUCACAUCUUUCAAUCAUUAUCUGAACUCGAAGCAGCCAUCAAAUCCACCUCUGUUCCUGAUCGAGCUUGGCAGACCAUUGGUUCGACUGAUUAGAUUGUACCAAACACAUAGCAAUAGUGGCAGUGCAUCCAUUGGCAAUGCGAAUGAAGCCAUCGAUAGGACCAAGCCAAACGCUGGUUCUACACAACGCCAAUUCAGGUUCUUUAAGCAACUUCUCGGAGUCUAUGAGUCGGGUCAUCAUAACAUACCAACAGCUUGCAUCAAUGGCUACAAGCAAUCACUUGUCAAUCUGAAAUAUGAGUUGCCAGAGUACGCAGUAUGGGAGAGGACUGCCAAAGCGUUGCAGACACUGUUUGACCAAAAGGACAGUGCAUUCAGCAACAUCAAGAACAGCAUCAAUAUGGACACUCAGUUCUCCUCAAAGAAUUGCCAAAUAUAUUAUAAGAGUGCACUUGAUCAAUACUUGGACGGACUACCACAGGUGUAUGGAGCCAAGCUACAUCACACCAAGUUGCAAAAGGCAAUCAAGACAUUGACAUUCUAUGCGGCAGGCCCUUCACUCGAUCAAUCGGUCCAGAACCUGAUCAAUGAAUGCGAUGCAGUUUGGAAGAAGGGCAGAAAGCUGUGCGAGGCAGAGAGUAUCACGGGCAGACUGUGCUCGCUAAAGACUCACCCACUGCCCUCAAAGGAGCCGGGCGCCGUCCAGGACCCAGAGGCCAAGUAUCACUCGACCAACUUCAGGACGCGCGGCUCAUGCAACUGUGGCAAGUCGACGAGGUUCCCUCGCGAAGAUGUGUUUGACGUUGACUAUGCCAACAGCGAGUUCUACCAUGCUGAUUGCUGCGCUGCGCUCCAAACACUCGAGCUACCACCUACCAAAGUGCUGAUGUACAGUGGAACGACUGCCACCACGCCCAGGAAAGAACUGACGCCCCCAGUAUCAUGGUUCACUCUACUCAAGCAUGGACGCUCACUAAUGUACGUUCCACAAGAAGGCAUGCCCAAUGACAGCUUCUUUGUCAACAACGAGGCACUCCUCCAAGAAUGGGACUUCAACCGCAUCAUGAACACAUUCAACUCCUUUGUCACAGGCACCAAUGACCAAGUGGGCGCUUCCACCUCUUCUUCGACUCCCAGGUAUGAAUCAGGUCGAAUAGCAUUUGAGUAUCAAUGUCCACUGGGACAUCGCUUCUAUGAGAAGAGAAGGUCAAAGAUAUUCUUUAUCAAUAGCAGCAGUACCAAGAGUGAGUUCCGUAUAUUCUAUCAGCGACAAAUACUGGAGAACUGCACGUCCAGUGACUGUGACUUUUACGCCCAGCUCAUCCGUAUUGUAAUGAUGCCCACCAUGGACAUUACCAUGAAGGCGUCAAUUGAGAUCACACAGAACAAUGACAAGUCGAAUAGAUGGGAGUUCCAGCUGGACCCAACUGCAAACAUUAUAUUGGCCAAGGACCAAUUGUACACUUUUAGACUGCCCUAUGCAUAUGUACUGGACUCGCUCAAUGUACUUAGAAGCUUCAACAAUGGAGUGCUCAGCUUGCACUUUGGCAUCAAGUCACCAAACAUCCAGCAGCAGAGUUAA